UCAGGAGGAAUUUUUAAACGACCUUAUUGUCUCUAGCUCUAGAAAGACCACGAUGAUUUCUCUUUAGCGCCAGCAGCUGUUUUCUUUCGAAACUUUGCUUUUUUUUUGCCUCUCACACGAGCGAGCAGGAGAAAGGCAAGGCUGGGAGAUCCAGAUGCGAGGAGAGGGAAGGAGAACUCCGCGGAUGGUCUGAGCUAUGCCGAGGCAUUGUUCACUGCUGCCUCUCGGUUACGUUUAAAGGCUGAAAUAUCACGAGAUCCACUCAAUGAUCCUUUUCUAAUUCGAGGGACAAAAUGUAAUUUGCUGUAGCUCUGCUUUCUCGGAUGGGAAUACUAUCCCUAGGUUUCAGAGGGAAGAACUAGGCAUCGCGGUUCGCACACACAUGGAUUAAGUUGAACAGCGGCGAUUACAUCUGCGCUGAGAGCAACAGUAGUCCAGGGCUGACUUUUCAAAUCUCAGCCCUCCGAGUUGGAGGCUCCCUUGAAUAGACUUCCUCCAUUCCCGGAUGCACUUCUCCAAAUUCCCACUUCUCUCUCGAAUUCCUGGGAAAUUGGGGGCUUGCCUGGAUUUCGCCUUGUCAUGCAAAACGGCGUUUUCACAGAGUGAUUAUGCGCUUUCUUUUAGCUGUACCUGACGGGGUAACACGAACUCCACGCACCAUAUUGCCAACACGCGGAGUGGAUAUUGACGUUUGCGAUUGAAGAUUUUUUUUUCCUCCGUCGAUUUUUUUGCCAAGUCACAGCAGUAUGAGAUGUCUCAUUAAUCUCGCGGAUGUGUCUAAUUCUGGAUGUGCAGUGAUACAUAAAAGUGCUGGUGUUUGUAUCCAGCGGAACACUGGAUGCACGGCAGAGAUUGGUGAUUUUUUUUUUCGCAGCGCCUAACGUGCAAACCGCAAGCAUCACUUUAACGUGACAAGGGAGAGGCAUGCAGCUAUCGCAACAUUUGCGAGAUCCUCGUUCUUGACACUAGACUAAUUUAACGUUCCUAAGAAGAGGGUAAACCUUCAUGUUGCUUCUUCAAAUUGAUUUUAAGGGGCUGCUAUAAAGGGAGCAUCAAAAAUCUUCGGCAGGGCUACUCCGAGUGGAAUAUGCAAACUGCGAGCUAGAAGCAUCCUAGCCCGAUGUAAUAUCGUACAUUGUGUGUUCCAGCACUUUUUUUUGUUGUUACAUAAAGGCUCCUGGAAACACCUUGGAUAUUUUACAUUCUCCUUUCUCUGCUGGAAGCAAUCAGCACGCAGGAAUCCUGACUUGGGCUCUGGUACUAUAGGACAUUCCAGCUCGUGAUCCAGCACGGUUACUCGUGAAAAGUGUAUACAUUUCUGGCUUAUCUAUGCUUUGUUAUGGGUCUGACGUGAGCUCACGUCCUCCUCCCCCCUCCUGCAAUAUUACUGGCAGAAUUUCAGUUAAAAGUGUUAUAGUAUCACGGUGCGGGAACCCGUGAUAUUCAGACAGCAAAAAUAACCUUAGUACCCGGCUAUAAAAAGCUAAUUAAGCAGAAGAGGAAAAUCAAGAGAAACUCGAAAAUGUAAGUACUCCCUCUCGGUAACAACCGAACGUUUAACUUUGGAGCCUCAGAAGGGGAAAUACCAAGCUGUUCUGCACGUUUUCGCUAAGCUUCAUUUUCCACACAAUGCAGAAUAAAACGCUGGUUUAAAGCGGCUACGUUACCGAAGGAUUUUCCAUCGCUACGAUCAGACUUAUGUCCUUUAAAUUCACGGCAUGCACAAAAGAGCAACGUUUGUCCAAAACAGGCUGAAAAUAUACGGAACGAUAGGGGGAAAAAGCAUACAAAUCCUUCCUCCGAAGCUAGCGACGAGGAAGUCUGAGAGAGCUGAGUGUGUUUGAGCUCGGAUUGUUUAAUAGAAAGAUUUAUAUACUAACUGUAUUAUUUACUUUGGGAGGGGAGGUGGCAGUAUAAGGGUAUGCUAAUUAGUGGGAGAUUUUUUGGGGGAAGGGGUGGAAUAUCAAUUUUUAUUGCAUCACCUGUCAGGAGUGUCCAAUCAGCGUUGGCUUUAGGGGAAUUAAUUGAUGAAGGUGUCUCCGGACGAGCUCACUUCACUCUGUCAUUUUAUUUGUAGCUAAAGCAGCGGCGGGAAUAGCAGCUGCAUUUCUUUUCUCUUCCUCCCUUCACAUUCCAUUAUCAUAGUUUCCAAUGGAAAAGCAGGGAAUGAAAGGGAACAGGUACUGAUCUUCAGCAACAACUUAAAGAAACACUUUGGCAAACCUGAUUUUUAAGAUUAUAUAUUGAUUGUAGUCUCACGGUAUUUUUUAAUUUAUUUUUUAAAAUUUUGUCUAAAGUUUGGCACUUCAUUCACCAGGAAUAACAGCCUUUGUUAUAUUUUAUUAGCAGGAUGCCUUGAGACAAAUACAGCAUCUGGCUGAGGAUUGUGUGUGUGUGGCUUUUUUUUUUUUUUUUCCUUUUUUUUUUUUUUUCAUCUCUCUCUCUCUCUGCAAAUGCUGGGAAUAAUUUAAUUCACGAAAUGGGAGACCUGAAGUCGGGUUUUGAAGAGGUGGAUGGCGUGAGGCUCGGCUACCUCAUCAUUAAAGGAAAGCAAAUGUUUGCACUCUCCCAGGUUUUUACAGACCUUCUCAAAAACAUCCCGCGAACUACCGUGCACAAGCGAAUGGAUCAUUUAAAAGUAAAAAAACAUCACUGCGACUUGGAGGAGUUGAGGAAACUCAAAGCCAUCAACUCCAUCGCUUUCCACGCCGCCAAAUGCACCCUGAUCUCCAGAGAGGACGUGGAAGCCCUAUACACAUCCUGCAAAACCGAACGGGUUCUUAAAACGAAACGGAGGAAACUAAGCCGGGCGCUGUCUGCCACCGAUCUCCGGCCGGAGCUCGCUCCCCCCGACCCCUUCUCCGGCUUCUGGAAGGAGAACAAACUUUGGCUGGGUCUGAGCGACUCUCCUCGGCCGCUGCUGCCCGUCCGGAGGAAAGCUCUGCGCCCGGGGGACACAGCCUUGCUACCGGCCGCUCAUCUACCUCACAUUUUUAGUAAAUACACUGGCCACAGCUACCCAGAAAUCGCUCGGGCGCCUUGCAAAUCCCCCGUAAACUAUGAAACGGCGCCGGCGGUGGGCGGCUGCGUGCCCCUGCGCUCCCGUCGCCCGCUCGCCGCCGCGGCGCGGCCCCGGCUCCCGACCGCCGGUCCCCCGCCCCUGCCCGCCCGCUGCCGCCGCCGCCGCCACGGGGCGGCCGCCGCCGCCGUCACGCUGGGCCCCCCCGGCGGCGCCCGCCGGCCCCUGGCCCUGCCCCGGCCCUGCCGGCCCCGUGGCGCCCCGCGGCUGCCGCUGCCUCUGCCCCGCGGCUUUGGGCCGCCCGCCUUCCCCGAGAGCGGCAGCAGCGACUCGGAGUCCAGCUGCUGCUCGGGCCGCGCCGCCCACGACUCGGACUGCGGUUCCAGCCUCUCCAGCUCCAGCGAGGGCAGCUCGGAGGAGGAGGACGAGGAGGAGGAGGAGGACGAGGAGGGCAGCGGCGCCUCGGACUCUAGCGAGGGCAGCUCGGAGGAGGAGGAGGAGGAGGAAGAGGAGGAGGAAGAGGAGGAGGAGGAGGACAGCACCUCGGACUCCGACUCCAGCUCGGUCUCCAGCCAGGUUUCGGUGCAGAGCAUUCGCUUCAGGCGCACCAGCUUUUGCAGCCCGCCCGGCGUGGUCCACGCCAACUUCUUGUACCAUCUGGCGGCCGCUGCCGCCUCCCGGCCCCCGGCCCCGGCGGAGCCCGGCGGGCUGCCCGCCCUCCGCGGCGCUCCCGGCGGAGUCAAGCCGGAGCUGCCGGAGCAGUGGGGCUGCCCCGGCUGGGCUCCCGCCGCCCCGGCGCUGCGCUGCUCCGGCGGCCUGGGGAGCUGCUUCGCGGAGAUAAGAGAUGAUAGGGUAUCCGAACUCACAUUCCCACACUCUGAAUUUUCCAAUAAUGCCAAGAGUACUGACCUAACAAUUAACUGUGUUGCAAAGGGGGCCUCUUCACCUAGCCCAAAGACAAACAAUGCAUUUCCACAACAAAGAAUACUCAGAGAGGCAAGGAAAUGCCUUCAAGCAACUACUACACACCGUGCAGAUAACAAUACAAUAGCUGCUAGGUUCUUAAAUAAUGAUUCUUCAUCAGCGGCAGCAAAUUCAGAGAAAGAUUCCAAAAUCCCUCAUUGUAUUGAAUUUGCCACGGAUUUGCCCUCUUUACAAACUGAUCCUGCUGAGGAUGCUGCUUCUCCAGGGGCAGCAGCAGCAGCUGAGCUCCAGUGCACUGAUACAGGCAAUAAGGCAUUGCCAUUCCUGCACAGCAUUAAAAUCAAAAUAGAGGACAGCAGUGCGAACGACGAGUAUGAGCCUGAUCUUACAACACAUAAGCUAAAGUGUGAGUGCAAUGAUACUAAGGAUGAGUUUUACGGUGUGACUGAGAAUAAUAACCAGGACGCUUUAUUAACAGCCAAGGAAGAUUCUGCAUGCACUGAGAAAGAAACCACUUCCUUAAACCCACUGACUCAGAGUCAGGUCCUCUCAUGCACUUUAGGUACUCCAAAACCUGAGGAUGGGGAGUAUAAAUUUGGAGCAAGGGUGAGAAAAAAUUACAGGACACUGGUUUUGGGAAAGCGACCUGUACUGCAGACUCCUCCAGUCAAACCAAAUUUGAAAUCAGCUCGAAGCCCACGUCCUACAGGUAAAAUUGAGACACAUGAAGGAACACUGGAUGAUUUUACAGUUAACAAUAGACGCAAAAGGGUAGCCAGCAAUGUAGCAUCAGCAGUGAAAAGGCCAUUUAAUUUCAUGGCAAAUUUUCCCUGUCCACCAUCACUAAUUAUUGGCAAUGAUGGGGAUUUGUUGCCAGCUUAUUCCUUAAACACCACUAAGGAUUCCCAACCACCUCACAAGGCCCAUCCUGUAUGGAAAUGGCAGCUGGGCGGUUCUGCAAUACCUCUUCCACCUAGCCACAAAUUCAGGAAAUUUAAUUAAUAAAGUAGUUUGGAAAAUAUUUUCUUGAACCACCUUUAACUUUCUUACCUUUUUUUUUUUUUUUAAACUCUGCAGCAUGGUUUGUUCAAACCCAUUAAUGCUAUACUCUAUUGGAAUCCUGUUUUAUCACAUUGUGACGCCAGAAUCUGGAUUACUAUUUUAUUUACCAUUACAACAGUGGGGUUUUUUUCCCUUAUUUUGGGAUCUUGGUGGGGUGUUUUUUUUUUGGGUUGUUGGUUGGAUUUUUUGUUUGUUUGUUUGUUCUGUUGCAUUGUUUUGGUUUUUUUUUUUUUUAAUUAUGUUACAUUCCACAGAGUACUUCAGGCUAAAGACUCAAGUUAAACUCAGUUAUUAUGGUAGAGCUGGAACACUUUACUGUUUAAAUGCUAAUAAUGCACCAGUACCUCAGUUCAACUGCUGCAAAUAAAUGUCAAAAGGUUGAAUAAUAAAUAUUAGAAUGAGCCAUUAAA